AGAUUGUACUUUCAAUUUGAAAUAACGACAUUUUAAAGUUCAAACUGCAAACUUUUAAAGCGAGAGAUUACAAGCAAACAAAGGAAGUCACCAACACAUACACAAAACAAUUAAAAACAUAUUUUUAUUCAUUCUUUUGAAUUUAAAUAAUUUAUUAAUUAUUUAAUUAAUUAUAAGUUUAUACUAAGCUUUCAAAGCUUUGAAUCAUAUAGAUCUUCAAUUUAUGAACUUGCUCAAAUUAACAACUUUGUAUUUAGCGCAUAAAAAGACAAAGUUGAAGUAAAACAAUAACUUAAUUAGUAGAUUUCAUUAGCAACAAGUCAGACACUUGUAUGAGCAGUUUCCAUGACAUUUCGUGGUUGAAUCAUAUUAAGUGAAAUUAAUUACGCUAGGCUCAGUGGACACAAUCUAGUUGUGGUAGCAAAUAAUCACGAAAAUACAGCAAUUUUUGAACUAUUUCGACAUAUUAAAAUUUAUAGAACUCAAAUAUUAGAUAAGAUAUUGACUACAAAAACACCCGAAAAAUGGAAGUCAAAUGUAAUUUUGGGACUAUAACAUCCAAAAGUUUAGCAGGAAAAUUCUACUCGUGUGUAAUUAAACAUCAAAUAAUUCCAGAAGAUCAAGACCUUAUCAAAUUCAUAGGCGAGCAUGAACACGAAAAAACCAACAAUGACGUCCAAUGCUUAAAAUUCAUCAACUGCUUAAUCACAAAAGUUCCACAAGGACUCACAAAAGUCUUUCCAAAUUUAACGUCUUUAAACGUUUCCGAGUCAAAAUUGAAGAAAAUUGUCAAAAAUGAUUUAAUUGAGUACAAAAAUUUAAAACGAUUUAUUUGUGAACUUAAUGAAAUUGAGUUCCUGCCUGGUGACUUAUUUGAAGGAUUUAAGGAUUUAGAAUGGAUUGGAUUUUGGAAAAAUAAAUUGAAAGUCAUCGAACCGAAUAUUCUGGAUGGACUUAAAAAACUUAAACUUUUAAAUCUAUCGAAAAAUGUUAAUUAUAACAAAUUAUUUGCAAUUUAUCCAAAUUAUAAAUCUACAAUAACUCUUGAUGCAGUUCGUGAUCAUCUUUAUGAGAAAUUCUUUUCUGUCGAUCGUCAAACUGCAGUCAAUUUUAUGGAUAGACUGCAACAUCAAGCUUCAAAUUCAGCACAACCAAAGCUUCCAUCAAAAUCCAGUUUAUCUGUAGAUCUCACAGCUUUCAUUCAAAAUGACACCAAUAAAGACUUCAAGGUAGUCAUCGGUUCUCAAGAAUUCCCAAUCCACAAGUUCCUGCUCGCAGCUCGAAGUCCAACUCUGGCUGAAUUGCUGAAAAACAACCCUCAAGCUGAGGAUUUGAAACUUUCAGACGUGUCUGCUGAAAUUUUUGAGAUAAUUCUUAAAUUUCUUUACACUGAUGAACUUCCAGGCGACGAUGGGACAGACUUUUUGCAAAUCUUUGCUGCUGCUGGGAAGCUGAAGAUAAAAGAAUUGGAGAACUAUGCCGCUGACAAGGUUAUUGAUCAGAUUGAUGGAAUCAAUGCUAUUGACAUCUUCAGACUAGGUUGUAAAUAUAAAAAUUAUGAGAUGAAGCAAAAAGCUGUCAACAAAAUCAAGGAAAAGUACCCAAAAAUGAAUUUUAUGGAUUGAUGAUUCUGGAAAAAGGUGACAAAAAUUAUUGAGGAUAAUUGAGUAGGAAUUUGUAGCAUCAACAUGGAAUUUGAUUAAAAUUAAAGUGGAAUAAUUAAUGCG